AUGUUCAGGACUCUUGAGAUCACUCAGUUGAAGCGUCCGUAUCGGAAACUCUCCCCACAUAUUGAAGUAUGGAAAACACCAGGACAUACUCAGCACGAUCUCACCGUAUUGGUUCAUGACGUUGCCAGUUACGGUACAAUGGCUAUCGUUGGUGAUCUCAUACCGAGCGAGGCACUAGUCAGCGAAAAGAGAGAUGCACUGGACGUGGAGAGUGUUUGGGAUUCGGCCAUCAAACGUCAAAAUGCAAACCUUAUCAUUUGCAUGGCCGACUGGAUUGUACCUGGACAUGGGCAACCAUUCCGUGUUCUACCGCAUUACAGGUAA